AUGUCACAGCCUCCACACCCUGCUCGGAGUGUGAAUUCGGAGGACGCACGGAGGACGGUCGCCCGGCGACAAACCCUCGUCGCGGCCACCCCGUACCCGCUCUUCUUCCUGUUCCUGUUGCUGCGAGCCUGCGGAGCGGAGGGCGCCAAGGUGUCGGCGCUGGGUGACCGACAGAUCGAGCAACGGUUCGCCAUGGAACCGCAGGACCAGACGGCCAUCGUUGGCUCGCGAGUGACGCUGCCCUGCCGGGUGGUGAACAAAUCGGGCCAGCUGCAGUGGACCAAGGAUGACUUCGGGCUCGGGACGCACCGCAACCUGAGCGGCUUCGAGCGGUACACCAUGGUGGGCAGCGACGAGGAGGGCGACUUCUCGCUCGACAUAUCCCCCGUCAUGCUGGACGACGACGCCAAGUACCAGUGUCAGGUGGGACCUGGCAAAGAUGGAACGCCCGGAAUUCGGUCGCGGUUCGCCAAGCUGACCGUGCUGGUUCCGCCCGAGGCGCCUAAAAUCGUCCAGGGCGACUUCAUGGUGACGACGGAGGACCGAGAGAUCGAGCUGGAGUGCGUGUCGGUGGGCGGGAAGCCGGCCGCCGAGAUCACGUGGAUCGACGGGCUGGGGACGGUGCUGACGAAGGGCAUCGAGUACAUGAAGGAGCCGCUGCGCGACGCCCGCCGCUACACGGCCAAGUCGAUCCUGAAGCUGACGCCGAAGAAGGAGCACCACAACACGACGUUCACCUGUCAGGCGCAGAACACGGCGGACCGGACGUACCGCUCGGUGCGGCUGAAGCUGGAGGUGAAGUACGCGCCGAAGGUGCACAUCGCUGUGAUAGGCGGAGCGCUGAACGGUGGCCGCAUCCUCGAGGGUACGGAGGUGCGGCUGUCGUGCCGGGCGGACGCCAACCCGCAGGAUCUCACCUACCGCUGGUUCGUCGGGGGCGAGCUGUCGGAGGCCAGUCACUCGCAGGAGUUGCUCAUCGGUAACGUCUCCCGUCGGUAUCAUGCGAUGGUCGUGCGGUGCGAGGUUCGGAACGCGGUCGGUCGGAGCGAGGAGAGCGAAACGCUGGACAUCAGCUACGGGCCGAGCUUCCGCCAGCAGCCCAGCUCGAUCGAGACGGACCUGAACGCCACCGUCACCCUUACCUGCGACGUGGACGGCAACCCAACUCCGGACAUCCUCUGGAUACACGAACCGACCGAUCAGGUCGUCUCGAGUGCGCCCAACCUAACGCUCACGGUGACGCACGACACGGCCGGCCGGUACUACUGCAAGGCGAGCGUGCCGGGCUUCCCGGAGGUCGAGGCCAACGCCACCGUCCACCUGCGCGGCCCACCCACCAUCACUUCGCCCCGCCAGCAGUUCGGAGCCGAACAUGACCGCGCCCAGCUCGAGUGUGUCGCCCGCUCGAUACCGCGCCCCCGCCAGGUCCUGUGGUCGUUCAAUGGGCGCGAACUCAACGACACCGACGCCGACUACCGCACGCUCGAAACCCCGACCCCGAACGGUGUCCGCGCCACCCUCAUCCUCAACCGAUGCCGGCCGGAACACUUCGGGCGCUACAACUGCACCGUCGUCAACGGGUACGGGGUCGACUUCCUCGAAAUCGAGUUCAUCUCCAAGGAGCAAAAUCUCUUACCGGUUAUCGUUUUGGGCUCGCUCGGAGGGAUCACAUUUUUACUCAUUGUCAUUACGAUUGGCCUAUGCUUAUGUAGUCGCCGUCACAAAAAGAAGCACCUUCCACCCGCCGACGUCAUACCGAAGUAUGACGUCCCGGGGAAGGACUGUGGCGAGGGUAACGUGGGCGUUCACAACGGUAGCAGGAAGAUCGACCGCAGCAACGACCUGGUGGACGGCGAAGGAACCACCAACAUCGCGCUCAGCGUGCGGACGUCCAGCUCGCCCGGUAUGCCUCCAGCGUCCGGCGGGAUCAGCUCGCCACUCACGGCCCUCAAAAGUGACACCACAACCGAUUAUGGCCGCUACUCGGGCGACUUCUCGGACGCGCUAAGCCACCUCCAGCAGACGCCUCAGCAGAAACCGAGCCCGGCUAGCAACAACGGGUACGUGCCGUACGUGAACUACGCCCGCGACUACAGCCCACCGACGCAGCACCUGAUGCAGUUCAAGGCGAGCAGCAGCAGCAACAGCAUCGAGAGUGGCGGUACCGCCCUCGGGAAGCAGAUCGCGUCCCGCACUGGCAACGGUCAGCUGCCGUCCGGCACGAUGACGCUCACGAGGAAGCGUCCGACCGGCCCGGAGCUGCCUCGAUCAGCCGACAACGGCCUUCCGAACAUCCAGAGCAGCGUGUCGUCCAUUCCCAACGGGCUACUAAACCAUCCCAUGAUGGGUUGCCACAUUGGUUUGGACUCGAGGUUUGGUGCCAACUACGGAACGCUCCAUGGUCGGGGCAGCAGCAGUCCGAUGGGUCCGCUUCCGCUGCAGCUGCCGGCCCUACCGCCCCCGGCCACAGCCAACCCGGCCGCAACACCGGCCCCGCCGCCGUACAACGCCGCUCGGGCCCACGCCUGCCUGCUCGGUCUCGGACUCCAGCCGUCGACGGGCGGCGUCAGCUGUACCACCAACUCCAGCCUGCCGGCCGCAAUGGUCACCAGCUCGAGCAGUCCUAGCUCGACCCAAUCCGGCUCCCUGUCCCUCGCCAGCUCGCAGCUCUCGCAAGGCCAACCUGUUGCAACCGGGGCCGCCACCAUCGGCGGGAAGCCAGAGCAGCAACCGAGCAGCCCAUCUGGCCAGUUUAUACUUCCCUCCAGUGGCACCGUGAAGCCCGGCGGAGGGCUAGCGACACACGUCUGAACGACACAUGGAAUCACCUGCACCGACUCGACAUCUGGAGUCGAGUGCAAACCCGCGCCAAAACCAAACGAAUCGGUACACCUACCCUUCCGACGCCCGAAGCGGCUCUCGUCGGCCGCUCCAGCUGACCUCCAUCGAACGCCACCAGGUUAUUAAGUGCUUCCGGUUUGCGCGGCACGACAAUCCGAACCGGUGCAGAGUCGGAACUGGCUCCCUAUGUGUACCGAACCCGUACGGCGUCUCUUCUUUCCGGUGUUUUAGCUAGCAAACAGAGCCAGUGGAAAGGCAAACGGCAAACGAGAAACCACAUAACCCAACACAUAUCUAAAAACGAAGCUAAGUAAACCCGCUCGUCGCAUAAAGCAGAAGAUUUACUUACCAAACUUUAGCCUCAAAUUAUCGAAGAUCAUUCCGUUCCGCGAGUGGAAUUGUUAAUAAUAAUAAAGUAUUAGUCUAAUGAACGUAAC